CUCACUCACUGUUGUCCUAAACCGAGAGAAUUGAUUCGCUGCACAUGUAAGAAGAGUAGCUUUAUGGUUUCACUGGCGAGCUAUUUUUAUUUACAACCAGAGAGGCAGCGCGACCGAUAUCUGCUCAAUAUGGAACUUUCAAAGCGCGUAAAUGAUUCUGAAAGUCAGUGUCAUUACGGUUGCCUAUUGACCUAGUAGAAUACCUUCUGCCGUUACUGCGCCGGAUUUGAGGCUUGCCAGGAGUAUUUUUGAAAAGCUACAUGGUUGGAUAUGCUACGUUGUUAUUUCACGGAAUGUUUUUGAAAGGAUAUGCUUCUUUUUCAAAUUCAAGACAUUAUACAGAUUGAAAGAUCGGGAAGAUGGCCUAAUACCACAUUUGUUUUUAAUUAAGCUUGAUGUUAAUUUUAUAAAUUGAAGUUUGAAUUAGUUUAAGAUUUUCAGAUAAUAAUAUACAAAAAUGGAUGGAAAUGAUAUUUUCGAAGGUGAUGAGCUUGUAGGAGCAGAUACUUUGGCUGAAGAUGCAGAAAAUGCUGAAGGAACAAAAAGUGAGGAGGACAGUUACUCAACUGACAAUGAAGCCAGUGAUGGUGUUGAUGAAGAAGACAACAACAGUUCUGUUUUAGACGAAAAUAGUGGUAAUGCAAAAUUUCAACCAAAAUCUAAAAACUCUAACAAUGUAGGGAAAGAUGUAAGAGGGAAGAAGAGGAGGAAGCCAUCAAACAGAAGACGGAACAUUAGGAAAGUCUUAAGACUUGACCAGUUAGAUCAAAAGACAGUGGAGGCACAAAAAGAAGAGCAAGAAAGACUUCGUAGACUUUUGUUACAAAAGAGUGGGUCAGAGCAAACAUCAGAGAACUUUGAUGAAGAAGAAAUUGAUACUUGUAAAGUUGAUGACGAAAAAGGUCCUAUCAUGAUUAUAGAUGACGAUCAUAUUGAAAUGACAGACAGUUUACAAAGUAGCAGUAUUCAAAAUGGUGAAGGGCAAUCCUUUGAUGAUUCCAUUAUAUUAAUUUCAAGCUCAGAAUCUGAGGAUGAAUAUAAUCAAAAUGAAAUAGAUGAUGAAUCAGACAGUGCAGAUGAAUGUAGAAGUUUGAUAUCAACAACAGGUUUUCGGAAUGAAAAUGGCAAAAUUUUAGUCAAUGUUGGCCAUGCUGAUGGUGAACCAGACAUUUUUUUGCCACAACAGAUAUCAAAAGCUAUAAAGCCACAUCAGAUCCUUGGUGUUAGAUUUCUUUAUGACAACCUCAUUGAAUCAGUUAAAGAUUUCAAGGGAAAGCAUGGUUUAGGAUGCAUAUUGGCACAUGCAAUGGGUCUUGGAAAGACAGUUCAGACAAUUUCUCUUGUACAUGUCUUUCUAACGUUCACAAAAGCAAAGAAGGUGCUUAUUUUGGUGCCCAUAAAUACUUUGCAGAACUGGCUAAAUGAGUUUAACAUGUGGGUUCCAGAAGCAACUGAUUCUGAAUCAAGUGGAUUUAAGGCUCAUGCAGAAAACUGUGCGUUUGAAAAUGGGCCAUCAACAUCUGGGGAUGCUACUUCUGAAAUGACAUCUGCUACGGAGGACGGUAAGCUAGAAAAUGAUGUCAGAGUAGAGGAAAGCAUGAGUUUGUUGGAAAAUGGUUGCAAAAGUGAUGUUGAAACUGAAGUUGGAAAAUGCAACUCAAAUUUUGACGAAGAAAGUAAAACCUCUGAUGAACAUACAAACAAAUAUGAAACAAAAGAACCAGGUGGCAAAAGUCAAGCAGCUGAACAUUGUGUUUGCCAACAGGAUAAUGGUGAAAAUAGAAAAUAUAAAGUUUUUAUUAUAAAUGACAGUCACAAGACAACAGCUGCAAGAUCAAAGACCAUAGAUCAAUGGAACAAUGAGGGAGGUGUGUUGAUCAUGGGCUAUGAAAUGUUUCGAAUGAUUGCAAUGUACACACCAUCUUUGUGCAAUAGUGUUACAAAUACAAAGGGGAAGAAGAAGAAACAGGCCAAAAAAUCAGCAGCCGUCAUUGAUAUUGAUGAAGAGGAAAAGGAGAUGAAACUUCUGCUUGGAAUGCAAUGUGCUUUGUGCAAGCCAGGCCCAGAUCUUGUUGUCUGUGAUGAAGGACAUAGAAUAAAGAACCACCAGUCAAAUAUACAUCAUGCACUACAUAAAAUCCAGACCAGGAAACGACUUGUGCUCACUGGCUACCCGUUACAGAAUAACCUGACAGAAUACUGGUGUAUGGUAGAUUUUGUUCGGCCUAACUAUCUCGGUUCUAGGCAGGAGUUUCAAAACAUGUUUGAAAGACCAAUCGUGAAUGGCCAGUGUCUAGAUAGUACUACAGCGGAUAAAAGGUUGAUGAAAUACAGAGCGCACGUGCUUUCUUCACUUCUUAAAGGGUUUGUACAGAGGAGUGACUACUCAGCACUGAAAGUCGCCCUGCCACCAAAACAAGAGCACGUUAUAAUGAUUAGACUUUCGCCAGUCCAGCAGGGGGUUUACAGGCGAUUUAUUGCACUAAUGCAAGAAAGUUAUGGUGAUCAGCUUAAUCCAAUCAAGAUAUUUGCAGUGUGUAGUAAGAUUUGGAAUCACCCUGAUAUUCUUUUCAAAGCAAUGAAAGCUGACAAGUCGAAAAAAGAUGUCUUGUUUGAAACGGACGAGGAUUCUAUGACAGAAGAUGGUGCAAAAUUGUCAAGGAACUCCAAAUUUGCUUCUAAAGAGACGCGAAAUUCACCUUUGACAAUUGGCGAUGAAGGUCAAAGCACUUUUUCGGUGGAUGCGCGCUCUUUGUUGUCGAAAAUAACCGAUUGGGCGAAGGAGAUCUUUGAUUUACAUGAAUACAAAGAAGGGGUGGCGGAAAUGAGUGGAAAGCUGAUUGUUCUGCUGGAGAUUCUCAACGAGUCGUUAGCCAGAGGAGAUAAACUUCUAGUUUUUAGUCAGAGCUUGUUGACAUUGGAUCUGAUCGAAGAAUUUCUUGGUCGAAUACCCGUUCAACAAUUCGGGGAUGUUGCGAAUCCCUCCAAUGAUGGAGGAAGAACGUGGACUAAAAACACAGACUUCUUUCGUAUCGAUGGUAGCACCAGCUCUUCUGAGAGGGAGCGACUUAUUGACAAUUUCAACGACAAAGAAAACUCGACCGCCAAAUUGUUUCUUCUUUCAACACGUGCCGGGUGUCUUGGCAUCAAUUUGGUUGGUGCCAAUCGUGUAGUUGUGUUUGAUGUUUCUUGGAAUCCAUGUCAUGACGCUCAAGCAGUUUGCAGAGUUUACAGAUAUGGCCAGGAAAAGCCAUGUUACAUAUACAGACUUAUCGCUUCAAACACGAUGGAAAAAAGAAUGUAUUAUCGGCAAAUUUCAAAGCAAGGAGUUUCAGAUCGUGUUAUUGAUGAGUUGAAUCCAGUCGAAAACUUCACAAAAGAUGAACUCAACAAAUUGUUGUCUUCCUCUUGGGAUAAUGAGCCUCAAUUAGACUACGCAGAAGACUCUAAAUUGAUUAACGACCCUAUCUUAAAACGACUCUUACAGUCAUGUGGUCAAUGGAUUGCGCAGCUGCCAUUUAAACACGAGUCGCUUUUACAAGAUGAAACUUCGUCAAAGUUAUCAAGUAAAGAAAAAAGAGAGGCCAAAAGAGGUUACGAGGAAGAAAAACGCAAAGUUUCCAGUAUGAUGAAUGGGCCUUUAGUAAACAGAUUCCCUCCAUACUUACAAGGAGGCCCGUUGCAAAUGGCUGCUAACCCACAGUCUAUGUUUAACAAUUACUCGCUGCUUGCUGGGAACAACAUGGCAUCGCAGCAUCCCCUGCUACCUCAUGUAAACGCCAUGAAUUUGCAAACAAACAUCGCGUUAGCAAGUAUUCUUAGACGCGCAGAGCUUCUUCGACAGCAUCGACUUAAUUCUGCAAGCAACGCUCCAGCAUUCAGAGACAACCUAUCUGUAUCCAACAUUUCUCCCGAAGCACAAUUAUCAAUCUUCCAAAACCCAUCCGUAGCCAGUGCACACAAUUUCCCUCCAUCCUCCAGUUUGCAGAACUCUAAUAUCAACCAACACCCACUAUCAAUAUUGCCUGGCAACCAAAAUGUCACGACAGCAGCAGAAACUAUUGUGAGAUCAGGUGAUUGCAGCGAGCAUCCUGUUUCUGAACAAAACCAACUUGACAGCCAGUAUCAGGAAGAUAACUCUAUAUCUGCUAGCCAGUGCAUGGAAAGGCCACAUAAUAUCGAGGUGAUAUGCAUUGACUCAGAUGAUGAUAACUAAACUCAUUGUACCGGGUUCAUGUGUGCAAGGUGGAAAACAGUCUUUGAUGGACGCAGAGUGCCAGAUAUAGGCAGAGGUUCCAAAUGCCUAUUGAAAGAAGGAGGCUUAGAAGGUUUCGAACACACUCCUGUCGCAAAGCCAGACUUGAAAAUAAAUUAUUGUUUGUCGUAAAGUAACCCUGCUUGGCACAGUCAUGCUCAGGGGUGAUCAUACUCAAGCCGAGCAGCUUGAAUGAACCAUGAACGGAUUUUGCCUGUAACUGGCAUUUGGCUUCGGCAUCCCCCAUUUUCAAAGUCAUCAGGCUAGUGGGAAUGAUACCGAAGGCCUAGUUGGCUAAACUGUGAAUGAGAAGUUACAAACAUUUAAAGACCAUUCCUGUUGGAGUGAUAUUUUUUUGCCUGUAUUUGUUUAUACUUUUAUCGAACCAAUUUUUCUUUUCUCGCUGAAGUCUGUUAGAAAUUUGUUUUUAUAAAUAGCAGUCUAUUCUUAAGAACUUUUUAAGAGAGUAUUCAUAGUGCGUCCGAGUUC